AUGUUGACAAGGCUAUUCAGCGAGGUUCUGCCGGAUGUCCAGAAGCUCUCGGGUUGGGUGGACGACAGCGAGGGCGAGGACUCCAAAACCAAGGAGGACGACCUGGGUCACCUGGAAGACGACGACUUGGAUGACGGCGACGCCAGAGAGGGAAGCAGCCGGGAUCAGUCCGAGAUGGCUGGGGAUGACGACGACGACGACGAUGACGUCGACGAUGAGGACUGCGGGGAUGAGAACGAGGGGGGAGACAAACCCAAAAAGCGCGGCCCAAAGAAACGCAAGAUGACGCCAGCAAGGAUUGAGCGCUCCAAAGUGCGGCGUCAGAAAGCCAAUGCACGAGAGAGAACGCGCAUGCACGAUUUGAACUCUGCACUGGACAAUUUGCGUAAAGUCGUCCCAUGUUAUUCCAAAACGCAAAAACUAUCCAAGAUAGAGACGCUGAGACUAGCUAAGAAUUACAUUUGGGCGCUCGGAGAGAUAUUGCGCAAUGGUAAAAGGCCAGAUGUGGUAUCCUACGUACAGACACUGUGCAAGGGCCUAUCCCAGCCCACCACGAAUCUAGUUGCUGGUUGUCUGCAGCUCAACUCUCGGAACUUCUUGACAGAGCAGUGUCCUGACGGGGCCCGGUUCCAUGUCCCCAACUCCUCUUUCUCCGUGCACCCAUACUCCUACCCGUGUCCCCGUCUGUCUAGCCCUCAGUGCCAACCCGGCUCCAGUGGGCAUAUGAGGACCCAUAACUACGGCUACGGCGACGCGGUCUACCCAGGGGCCGUCUCCCCGGAGUACAACAGCCCUGACUACGAGGGCCAUCACAGUCCGCCUGUGUGCGUCAACGGCAACUUUUCCGUGAGGCAACAGGAGUCUGUGUCACCGGAUGCAGACAGGAACUAUCACUAUGCUAUGCACUAUUCUGGACUGUCUGCAUCUCGGGCACCUGCUGCCCACGGCCUAGCGUUUGGCCCCUCGGGAGCGCGCAGCGGUUCCGCGCACUCUGAAAACGUGCCGCCGCCGUUUCAUGACGUUCACUUACACCAUGACAGGGCGCCCGUGUACGAGGAACUGAACGCCUUCUUUCACAACUGA